AUGCCUUCAGCGACGUCCAUUUUGUUCGCAGUCAUCUACGCACUGGAGGCAAUCAUGAUCAUUAUUGGAAACACGUUUACUAUUUUCGUAUUCUGGAAUCAAAGAUCCGGCAUAAAACGAACUUAUUUUCUUUUGAUUAAUCUCGCAAUUGCAGAUUUACUUGUAGGGAUUACAGAACUAACAGUCUUCGCAGCUUUCAAAUUUGAGGUCAUGCUAGAAAGUGACACACCAUUAAUGAAUCCUUCGGUUGCUUUCCAAGUUUUGUUUCCGAGUACGUCCGUCUAUUUUCUCGCGCUUGUCUCCUUGGAACGUGCUUUCUCUGUGUUAUGGCCAAUCCGCCAUCGUUCCACAAACAGUCGAGUUUACAUCUUUAGCAUCGUUUUCGGGUGGGCAGUUGGACUUUGUUUCUUUGCUUUAACCCUCAUCGCCAUUCUUUACCCAGAAGUGAAACAGGAAUAUGUUUUUAUCACAAGUAACACAGGUCUUCUUAUUUCCCAACUGAUAAUGUGUAUAAGUUACCUUAAAAUACGGAAUCGGUAGUAGUAUAGGGCGCACCGGUUACUCCUCUUUUUUGCGGAGGAUUCUCAUUAGAGUGCGGAGGAAUACAUUAACGCCAAUGACGUCAUAACCUUUUGUCUUGAUCUCAUGAAUAAAAUGCGCAGGAAUCUUAUUAACUUGCGGUGGUAUCUCAUAAAGAUAAGGUCAUGUGUUAUUUUUAGUUGGUUUAGGAUUUUUAGUUACUUUAAGGUCGAUAGACGUCUUCGUUUUCGAUUGGUUAGUUAGAAAAUAAGAAACGUUUUUAUUGGUUAAUUCAUACUGUCUGAGGAGUAAAGUCAAACUUGUCUGUGACUUAAAAUCACUGAGACGUAAUGUAAUUAUGCACUUCCUAUUUCCUGCUGCUGUGAUUGUCCUUGUUCCGGUUCACUGAUUUUUGGCGGGCAAAUCGUGUAUAUUAAAGAGGGCAAAGGCAAACUAGCUCUUUUUUGCACUGCAAGCAAUGUUUUACUUACCCCUCUCCUUUUUAUUUUUUAUUUCCCUCCACCACCACCACCACCACCACCACCACUGCCACAUUUCUAUUGUUUUCCCUCCACCACCACCACCACCACCGCCACCACAUUUCUAUUGUUUUCCCUCCACCACCACCACCGCCACCGCCAUCACAUCUCUACACAUCUCUAUUGUUUUCCCUCCACCACCACCACCACCACCGCCACAAUUCUAUUGUUUCCCUCCACCACCACCACCACCACCGCCACCAUUCUAUUGUUUUCCCUCCACCACCACCACCACCACCGCCACCACAUCUCUAUUGUUUUCCCUCCACCACCACCACCACCAUCACCACAUUUCUAUUGUUUUCCCUCCACCACCACCACCACUACCGCCACCACAUCUCUAUUGUUUUCCCUCCACCACCACCACCACCAUCACAUUUCUAUUGUUUUCCCUCCUCCUCCUCAUUUUUGUUUUGGUACAGUAGGGGUACAGGAGGGGUACAGGAGGGGUACAGGAAGCGUACAGGAGGGGUACAGGAGGGGUACAGGAGGGGUACAGGAAGGGUACAGGAGGGGUACAGGAGGGGUACAGGAGGGGUACAGUAGGGGUACAGGAGGGGUACAGGAGGGGUACAGUAGGGGUACAGGAAGGGUACAGUAGAGGUACAGGAGGGGUACAGGUGGGGUACAGUAGGGGUACAGGAAGGGUACAGUAGGGGUACAGGAGGGGUACAGGAGGGAUACAGUAGGGGUACAGUAGGGGUACAGGAGGGGUACAGGAGGGGUACAGUAGGGGUACAGGAAGGGUACAGUAGGGGUACAGGAGGGGUACAGGAGGGGUACAGGAGGGGUACAGGAGGGGUACAGGAAGGGUACAGUAGGGGUACAGGAGGGGUACAGGAGGGGUAAAGUAGGAGUAAAGGAGGAGGAGGAGGAGGAGGAAGAGGAAAGAAAACAACAGAAAUGUGGUGGUGGUGGUGGUGGUGGAGGGAAAACAAUAGAGAUGUGGUGGCGGUGGUGGUGGUGGUGGUGGUGGUGGAGGGAAAACAAUAGAAAUGUGGUGGUGGUGGUGGUGGUGGUGGAGGGAAAACAAUAAAGAUGUGGUGGCGGUGGUGGUGGUUGUGGUGGUGGUGGUGGAGGGAAAACGAUAGAGAUGUGGUGGUGGUGGUGGUGGUGGUGGACGGAAAACAAUAGAAUUGUGGCGGUGGCGGUGGUGGUGGUGGAGGGAAAACAAUAGAAAUGUGGUGGCGGUGGUGGUCUAGGGAAAACAAUAGAAAUGUGGCGGUGGUGGUGGUGGUGCUGGUGGUGGAGGGAAAUAAAAAAUAAAAAGGAGAGGGGUAAGUAAAGCAUUGCUUGCAGUGCAAAAAAGAGCUAGUUUUCCUUUGCCCUCUUUAAUAUACACGAUUUGCCCGCCAAAAAUCAGUGAACCGGAACAAGGACAAUCACAGCAGCAGGAAAUAGGAAGUGCAUAAUUACGUUACGUCUCAGUGAUUUUAAGUCACAGACAAGUUUGACUUUACUCCUCAGACAGUAUGAAUUAACCAAUAAAAACGUUUCUUAUUUUCUAACUAACCAAUCGAAAACGAAGAUGUUUAUCGGCCUUAAAGUAACUAAAAAUCCUAAACCAACUAAAAAUACCACGACCUUAUCUUUAGGAGAUACCACUGCAAGUUAAUGAGAUUCCUGCGCAUUUUAUUCAUGAGAUCAAGACAAAAGGUUAUGACGUCAUUGGCGUUAAUGUAUUCCUUCGCACUCUAAUGAGAAUCCUCCGCAAAAAAGAGGAGUAACCAGUGCGCCCUAUACUACUAUCGGUUGCGCGCAUCAUCACCAGGGCUUGAUAUUCAUGGCCAUCAUCAAUUACAGGUACACAAUCUACGGCUUUCCAAAACGCUUUUUAUCACAAUCGCUUCGUCGCUGGUGUUUUGGAUACCUGGUUUUGUAGUUUACUCAACCAGAGAAUUUUGUCCUCAAUGCUUUCCUACACUAUGUAUCUGGCAAAUUCUAUGGUGA